AUGAAUACAAAUCUCACUAUUGAUCUUGGUGGAAAUAAUCUUGUAUGUAAAUGUGAUUCUCUGUCAUUCGUCAAAUGGAUAAUUAAUACACCCACUUAUCUUCAUCAUCGGGAAAAAUACGAGUGUAAAACAUCACAAAACACAAUUAGUCUUCUUCGAAACCCGAGAGAAGUUUACGACACCAUACAAAAGGAGUGGAACAUCAACCUUCAAUACAUCCUAGUCACUGCUUUUGCAUUACUAAUUAGUUGCAAACACGCAAUACUCAAUGAUAUAAAGGAAUGGAAAGCAUGUCACUUCGCUAGUUCUUGUCUAUGCAAAACCGUUCCAGGUUCAGGAAAUAUUAUAGCGGAUUGUUCAGGAAAAGAUCUACUUCGUAUACCUAAGCUACCACACAAUCUUCAGAACUUGUUUAUCCAAAACAAUAAUAUCAGUAGAAUAGAAGAUGGGAUUUUCGAAGACAGUUCUUUACUAAAGACUUUGGAUUUGUCUUUUAAUAGAAUAAGCCAUUUAAGAAAAAACUCGUUCAAAGGACUCCAAAAUUUGAUCUCGUUGAAUCUUAGCAAUAAUGAUUUGAAAUAUGAAAAUAAGUCCUUUGAAAUUUCAGCUUUUUAUUUUCUGGAGAACUUGAAAAGCUUGAAUAUAAAAGGAAAUGUCAACACCUCAUUUGUGCCAGACUUAUGGAAACUUCGGUCCCUAGAAUUACUGUCAAUAGAUUAUAUUGCAGACAAAAUUGCAAUUCUCGAUGAGAAAUUUUCAAAUUUAAAAAAACUAACAGGUAUAGAUCUAUCUGGUAUUACAGGAAAUUGCAAAAUGACUAUACUAUCAGAGAAAACCUUUUUGUUUUUGCCUCAAAUAACUCACUUAAAUUUAUCCAAAUGCAAAAUACAACAUAUUUUCAAAGGAACGUUUAAGAUAUUAAGAAAUAUAUCCGAACUUGAUGUGUCUUUAAAUACAUGUUUGAGAUUCGAAACGCUUGAAAAUAUAACCACCGAUUUGCAAUACUCGGCAGUUAAAAUCCUUAAAGUUAACAAUAUUCAUAGUAUUUUCGGAAUGCCUACAGUACUGAAAACUUCUCAAAUUUGGAACCUAAAAAACACAUCACUUGUAAGAUUCGAAGCCGCUGGAAACCGUAUCCAGAGAAUAGAAUCCGGUACAGUACGAUAUUUUCCUCAGUCCUUAACAAGUGCAGAUGUAGGCGACAACAUUUUUUCUUUCGGAGAAUAUGUGCUUGAAUUGAAGGAUCUGCCAAUAACAUCACUAGAAUUUUCGGAUAAUUUUACUCCUCAUGAUGUGUUCGACUCCUACGUAGAGGAAUGUCCUCUUAGAGAAGAGACUGUUACAAUUAAUUCAAUUAACAACUUGUAUUUUUAUGAACUUCCAUUUUUUGAAAAGUGGAAAAAGAAGUCUGGAUGUUUUCCUGUGCCAGGAAAACUGAAAAAAGUGUUACUUAGGUCCAACUACCUGCAAUAUGAAAUACACAACUUAUGUUUCAUGGAAAACGAGUUAAAAUAUUUAAGUCUAAGUGAUAAUGUCUUGCAUACAUGGACAGGUCCAGUAACGAAUAUAAGAAAAUUGACUGAUUUAGACCUUUCGGCAAACUUUUGUUCUAAUAUUUCCAAGACAUUUUUCAGUCCUGAUUUCAUCAAUGUAAGAUGCUUACUGCUUCAAAACAAUCUUUUAGGUCUCGUUCUACCUACGGAUGUCGACGGAGAAAUAUUUCAGAACCUCUAUAACGUCGAGUACAUUAACCUUUCAAAAAAUAAAAUAGCAAAUAUACCAAAUCUUUUAUUUAAAGAGCAACACAAUUUAGAAAGAUUAGACCUCAGUGAAAAUAUGAUUGAUGACAUCAACUUUAAAAUAUCUCAUAUGAAAAAGCUCAUGUUUAUGAACGUAAGAAAUAAUAGAAUAUCAACACUAAGUCAAUAUGCUAUGAACGAGUUGGACUCGAUUGCCAAAGAGAAUAACAACCUCACUAUUGAUCUUAGUGGAAAUAAUCUUGUUUGCAAUUGUGAUUCUCUGUCUUUCGUCAAAUGGAUAGUAAACACACCAACUAAUUUUCAUCUUUUGGAGAAAUACGAAUGUAAAACAUCUAAAAAAUCCAUCAGUUUUUUUCGAAACCCUAGAGAAGUUUACGAAACCAUACAAAAGGAAUGUAUGUCAUAUGAAGGUUUAAUAGUUGGAGUAACGACUGGAAUAUUGAUGUUUAUCUUUAUUCUUUGUGGUGGAAUUGUUUAUAGAUACAGAUGGAAACUUCGCUAUCUUUACUACAUGGUCAAGGUCAAAUGGCAUGACCCCGAACAUAAAUCAGACAACAAAGAUGAACGACUAUACAUGUACGAUGCUUUCGUGUCAUAUGCAAAUGAGGAUGACACAUUUGUCCAUCAUAAACUUCUCAAUAAUUUAGAGAAAAAUGGUGGAAUUCAGUUGUGCUUGCAUAAGCGGAAUUUCCUACCCGGAAAUGACAUCGCCACUAAUAUCACAUCCGCAAUUCAUAACAGCCGGAAAACUAUUGUCAUAAUGUCUGCAAAUUAUUUAGCUUCGUACUGGUGUAUGUUCGAAUUUAAUAUGGCUAAAAUGGAGAGUAUUUAUGAACGCAAUUGUGAGAACAUACUUUUUCUAGUCUUCUACGAGCAAAUGUCUGCUUGCGAUCUUCCACUUAGAAUACUGGAACUCGUUCAUUGUCAAUCAUAUAUUGAGUAUCCAAAUGAUGAGUACGGUGAUGUUGUCUUUUGGGAACAGCUUCAAAAGGCAAUCAAAUCCUGCUAGUGAAUAUGUCCUCUUUGUAACGUAUCGUUAACUAUGUAAAAGGACUUCCGGUAUGCAUUUGGGAUUUUAUUUGUGUUUAAUUAGUUGUUUUGUCUAGAGACAUUAUGUAAAUAUUAUUACUUCGUCUCGACUACAUGAAUCAUUGCUUUAGCAAAUAUAAAUAAUUGAUUUAAUUUUGUAAAUCAUAUAUUAAGUAUCCAAAUGAUGAGUACGGCGUUGUUGUCUUUUGGGAACAGCUUCAAAAGGCUAUCAAAUCCUUCUAGUAGAUAAGUCUUCUAGUUAACGCUUCUUAUCGUUAUUUAUAUACAAGGACUUCCAGCAUGCAUUUGGCUUAAUAAGUGUGUUAUAUUAUAUGUUUUGUCAACAAUAGGUAAUAAGAUUAUAGGUUCCUCCGAAAUAGAUCAACUAUAAUAGUGGUAAAUUUUGAUUAGUUUUAUUACCGUUAACCAGCACAAUUUGUUACAUCUGAAUAAAGUAAGUUACCAGUUAAAAGUCGAUGCGUGUUCUUUUUAAGAUAUGUUACCAUUUUCGAAAACAAUUAUCAUCAGCUAUUACUGUAGAAGGUAUGACUGACCAUGUUUAAAUGUGUUUUUAUUUUUGUUUUAUG